AAAUUUUAAGUAGACUUUUUAAUAUUGGAUAUUUUUCUAAAUUUUUUUGUAAUAUAAUUUAAGUGUACCCAAAAAUGACUUCUUUGGAUUCAAUGUUUUUAUUUGAAAUAGAAUUGGAAGGAUUUAGGUUUAUCGAAGAUGUCGGUAAUUUACUUUUGAAAGCGGAAUUCGCAGAUUUAUUUGAAAUGUACUUAAAUAAUCCAAAUAAUUCUAAAGUAAAGAAGCUGCAACAGAAACGUAUAACCAAGGUUCGAAGCAAAUCAAUCGCGUUAUGUAAAAAGGAAAAAUCGCACACUGAACAAGCUAUAUAUGUAACAACAGAUCCUCAGUUAUUGAUGAAUAAAAUGAUGAUGAAUAAUUUAAGAUUUUCAGUUUGGUUAAAGAAACAACAUGAAGUCUUGGGAGCUGCAGAAAUUCCUUGGAAUGAAACAUGUUUAGAAUAUUUGUCGACCAUUAUAAAUAAUGUAAAAAUAUCACCGUCAACAAAUUUUGGCGGAAUACAUAGCAUUAUUAGUAAAUCAUCCCCGAAAGUGUUGGGUAUGGUUCAAUUAAAUAUAAGAAUAUCGUAUUGUGCGAAUAGUCUGUGUACUUUAGUUGAACUUUCACAAAAACGCCAAAUGAAUUCAAAAAAGGGCUUAAGUAAGGAUACUAAGAAUGAUAGAAAAUUUGGCACAAUUAAGACUUUAUACAGAGGCAAGCCAAAAUUUUACUCCAGAGGAGCGAAGCCAAAAAACAAAAUGGAUGCCACUCGCAAUGAUUUAGAUGUUGAUAAGAGAGACUGGAAAUUAAAUAAUGAUCCAAACUGUUCUGAUUCAGUGCAACCUAUUGAAGUUGAUGAUGACGUUUCAAUAAAAAUAGCUAAGUCACUUUCUUAUCUCCCAAAAAAUACAGCUACAGAAUUUAAGCCACUACAAUAUAUUUUCGGUGAUCCUGAUAGACAAUUUGGAAGCAAAGUUUACUGUGUCAACUUUUUCACAGUUAAUAGCACCUCUGAUCCUAUGUCAGCCAAAUCUUCAAAAGAAUAUAUUUCUGAAUCCUCACAUCAAAAAUAUAAUGUUAAGCUUUGUGAUAGUAAAUGUCAAGCUAUGAAAAAUAGAAACGCAUCAGCUCCACCAAGUUCAUGUUCCUUGGGCUUGCGAGAAUUGGAUGGAUCAACAAUUAAUGUAGAUAAAUGCAAAAGUGUAGUAUGCGAAGAUAGAGAACAUAGAAAACUUCCACCACCACCUGACGAUCGUAUUAUGGUGGAUUUAAAAAACCUUGAAAUUGAAUGUUGUGACGAUAUCAAUGCCAAAAUUGAGGAAGUGGUAGGAGGUGUAAAAGCUAAAAUGCAAAUAGGUGAAGAUCCUUGCUUUUGUACCUGUGAAUGUACAUUUGGUUUUGUAAAAAAAACAACUUAUUGUAAAACCUGUGGAGGUUAUGAAAUUCUGGGAGAAGACGUGAUUGGUAAAGAAAGGCAUGAAAAAUUUCCUUGUCCAUAUUAUCACAAAGGGAUGUACAAACAUAAAACAAAAAGCAUAAGUAAUUCUGGAAGUGAUAGUAAGAGAAAAGGGGAUGAUAAUAUUAGCCUUAAACUGGCAUCGAAUCAAAAAGCGAUCACAUCUGACAAAAAAAGCGUUGAAUCCGAAAAAGAUACAAAAAAAAUCAAAGUUCAUAAAGAUGACAGAUUUAAAUUCAAUUACGGCUACAAAGGUAUCCCACCACAAAUAGGACACAGUAAAUGUGCAUUACCUUGUACUGGUAAACUAGGGAAUGUGCCGAAACACAUGGGUUGGCUAUGGACUGCAGAGGAUAUUCCAGGAAUGAAGUUUCGACCAAUGUGGAAACCAGGAGGGACAAAUAAGCGUGUCGUCAGACUUUUAAAAAUUGCUAAAAAUCCUGAAGUUGCUAUUUCGAAAAAGAGAAAAAAGGAUUCUACGAAGAAAAGACCGCUGAAACGGCCACUUUUGGUCGUUCAUAAAAAAGAUGGAGAAUUCACAGUAACGAUGGAAACAAUGAAACAAUAUUCAAAACCACGAGCUAUUAACCAAAAUCCAUAUGAAGAUAAACCUGUGGUGACUUAUACCAUAGGAAGGACAGAAGAAGAAAAUAGGGAACGACGCAAAAAGAAAGAACGAAAACAGAGACGAUUGGAAAGAGAACAACGAGCCUUUAUUCAAAGUACUUUUAAAGAUAUGUGUAACGAAAUAUGUCUUAAAACCUAUCAACAAGCUUUAGGUAUACUUCCUGAUACAGAAGACCCUCAAUGUACAUGUUAUCCAGCUUUGCCAACUGCUGAGAGAACCAACUUAGAUAUCUCAUGCUCUUGUUCGGAAGAGAAGACCUCUAUAGGCUCAGACACGGAUUCCGAUGAAUGGUUCUUAGAAUUUACUCCACCCAACGCUACAUUUUACCCUAAUUAUAAGACAAAAAAGAUCUUCAAAAAUGAGAGUGGUACCCAAUAUACAUAUCUAGAUUAUAGAGUUAAACUUCUUGAUGCAUACGGGAAUCCAGUACCAAGAUUUUUUAAGGGUCCUGACGGUAAAGAACAAUGCAGUGAUUUAGGUGGAUUUUGGAGUCCAGAUCACAAAUGGUUAGAAAUUAAUGUUGAUGGGAUUAUAGCUCCCGACGGAAGAUGGGCUCCGAAUUCUUUCAUUGGACCCAAUGGUGAACACGUGGAAGCAGAAGGUGGUAAAUUUCAAACAAUUGCUAAUAAAUGGUAUGUUGUUGGUAUGGAUGGAUAUGUAGAUUCUCAGGGUAGAUGGAAAUUUUAUUCAAAACCAAGAGGGAUUCCUAGCCAGAAGAAAAUAACGAGUAAGAAGCAGGUUACUUCUGUGCAAAGGGUAGAAAAAUUUGUAAAUAAAUCUGACACCAGUUGGAGUUGCUUCGGCGAAGUGUCACUUAAAUAUCUUUCCGAAUUAGGCAUAAUUGGACAUUCCCACGACAAAAGAUUAUUAUUAUCAUCAUUGAAGGAUAUGUUAGCACAAGGCGAGAAUGUAAAAAUACCACAGCCUUCGUCAGUUUAUCGCCUACCUGCAUCAAAAAGAGGUAAAGGCAGACACGCUGCCUCCAAAUCAGCUCAAAGAUUAUACGAAGAAAGAACUAAAUGUAAUCAUCCUGUUCCCUCCGAUAAGGGUAUCGUUGCAGUAGACGAUCGAGGACGAAAAACAUAUUUUCGUUUGAAGGAUCACAGGAACAAACGACCGUCAAAUAGGUUAAAAACGCUAGCUAAACAAGGAAUUAGUUUAAGUUCUUUUCAUAUACCCUGUUUCCAUUCAUUUAUAAAUUCAGAAACUAUGAAACAGCAACAACGCGAUCGCCUUAUCGCACUAGGAAGAGAUAUAGCGACGCAAAUCUAGCCUCUUCUUUUUUUAUAGACAAAUAAUUUAUGCUCACUUAUAUUGUUAGUCUCCUUAAUUAGUAAAAAUGAGCGUUCAGCGUGUAGUAUAUUUUUGUGAUAAACUUAUAAGGCUGGCGACAUUGCGUUCAACCCGAGAUGUUUGUUUUUAUUUGGUGUUCUAAGUUUUUGUAACGUUAAAUACGGUUAAGAUAAAGUGAAUAAAUAAAAUGAAUAUUU